AUGUUUCCUGGCGUGGCAGUCAUUACCGGUGCUGGUGGAACAGGAAUCGGUGCUGCAACCGCAAAAGCCUUUGCCGCAGCAGGAUGUGAGAGAAUUGCUAUCACAGAUCUAAACGAAAAGUCCUUGCAGACAACAGCAGAAGCUAUUGCUUCAACAUACCCUAAGACUCAACUCCUAGUGAAAGCUGGGAAUGUGGCAGAUGACCAGUUCGCAGACUCGUUUAUUGACGCAGUCGUACAACAAUUCGGACGAGUCGACUAUGCUGUGAACUGUGCAGGUGUUCUUGGGAAGUCAUUGCGCUCAGCGGAAACGACCCUCGAAGAAUUUGACCGGGUCAACAAUAUCAACUACCGAGGCUGCUGGCUGUCUUCUCGAGCAGAGCUUCGACAGAUGGUGUCUCAAAGUGAACUCCCAAGUCACGACCCUAACCGUCCUGGCCAGCGGGGUGCAGUUGUGAAUGUUGCUAGUCAGUUGGGAAUCGUUAGCCGUCCAGGUGCUCCUGCGUAUUGUGCAUCAAAAUCUGCUGUCAUUGGAAUGACUCGGGCAGAUGGUAUCGAUUAUUCCAAGGAUGGGAUUCGAGUCAACUGUGUCUGUCCAGGUGUCAUUGAAACACCACUCAUCAUGGAGAAUCCCGAGAUUCGCGCUGCCAUCACUCCGGCAGCGGAGAUAGCCCCUAUGAAGAGAAUGGGUCAGCCAGCAGAGGUCGCCGAUGCAAUCCUUUUCUUAUGCUCCACGCAGGCCUCUUUUGUACAGGGUCAUGCUAUGGUAGUUGAUGGUGGAUAUAUUACUGUAUAG